AUGGCAUCAUCAAGCUCAAAGAGGCAAAAGAGGAAGGAACCCAGGAAGAGUGUUCCUUUCGAUGAGAAGAGAUUCAAAACUGCCUUUCAUGAGCGUGAAUUUGAGCGGAUAAGGGCCAAAAAGAUAUUUCCAGAGUUAAUAUUCCAAAUCAAUAUAAAUGAAUCACCACAGAUUCGGGAGAAAAUCGAACAGAGGGGGUGGCAAUUGCUCACAAGUCCAGAGGGGAAGAUCAAUGGAAACCUCAUCAAAGAAUUCUAUGCAAAUGUAGUUAGAGAAGACAAGACCAAGGCCCCAACCUUCAAAAGCUACGUGAGAGGCAAAAAGGUGGACUUCAGCCCAAGUGCCAUAACAAGAGCUCUUCACCUGAAAUCACCUCAUUUUGAUAAGGCCAGUUAUCAGGCAAGGAUAAGUAGAAGCCCUGAUAAUGAUGAGCUCUCAGAGAUAGUGUUAGACAUCUGUGUUAUAGCAGCUGAUUGGGAGAGGUACGUAGAUGGGAGGCCCAAGUUCAUCAAAAGGGGAGACCUUAGCCCUGAAGCUAAGGGGUGGUUUGAACUUGUAAGGAGGUCCAUCCUACCAGCUGCAAAUAAUUCAGAAGUUAACAUCAAUCGAGCUACUAUGCUUCCAUUUAUCUGUUGUGGAGAGUUAUCUGUUUUGUACCAAGAGUGGUCUGAGGAACGCAGGCAGGAAUGGCUCCUGUCAGAGCUCAGUGGAAAGUGCCAUCUGUCCGGUCCUGAUCUUCCGAAAAUAGAAGAGAUCACUGAUGUUCUGGAAACCUUCCAUGUCAUUGCAGAACUUCCCUCAGACAACUUUGGUGCCUACAUAAUCUCAAUGGCAACAGCACCGUCUGAUAUGCUUGCUGUUGAGCUCUUACAAUGGGAAUGCCAUGUGAAGCAACCGCUAAGGGUCGUACCAUUGUUUGAAAAGCUUGCUGAUCUUGAGUCUGCUCCUGCUGCAGUGGCGUGGCUUUUCUCUAUUGAUUGGUACAGAAACCGAAUCAAUGGGAAGUAA